AUGGCGGCGAGGGCGUCGGCGCCAGGCCCGCUCGGCCCCGGGAGGGACGAGGAGGCGGCGCUGCUCCUGGAGAAGGCCCAUUACCGCCACGACCCGCGCUGGCUGCUGCCCGUGUCCCCGCGCCUCUGCCUGGCCUGCGCGCUGGAGCUGCUGUCGGAGCCCUGCGCGUCGUUGGUGCGCAAGAAGCAUUUGCUGUCCUGCUUCCGAGACGCCCUCCUGAGGCACACCUCCUUGGUCGUGCAGCUGGUGGCUCAGGACCAGAGACUCUGUACCCACUUCAUAAGCAUGCUUUUUGGACUGUUAUGCAAUGCAGAAGAUGGGAGUGUCACAGACCUCUGUAUUGAAGUCCUUGUCCAGCUUACAACUCAGCUGAAGCUGGAGCAGACCAUCCACUGCCUGCUGGACGAGUGCCACAAAGAGCUGUGCAACAUGCCCUCUAUGCGAGGCAGCCUGGCCACCCUGACCCUUCUUGGCAAGCUGGUGGAUGCCAUCCCUGCUCUGGCAGACAAGCUUGUAAUGGAGCACGGUGACCUGAUGGAGCAUCUGUUGAGGGGUUUAGUAUACCCCAAUGAGGGAGUGCAAGCUUCUGCCUGUUACCUCUAUGGGAAACUGUACUCCUCACCAGUGGCAGCUGAGAUGCUUUCGGGCCAUUUUCGGGAGAAGCUGUGUUCCCUCUUUCUUUCUACCCUGGAUGGUGCCCAGACAAAGGAGCUACAGAUCAACUGCUUGGGUUUGCUGAGGCAGCUGCUGAAGUAUGAUCUCUUUGUGUCCAUGAUCAUGGACAGGGCUGUGCAGGUGGAGAGUGCUGACGGUGUGGAGGGGCCACCAGGAGAGACCUCACUGCCCUUGGUGCUCAAAAAGCUGCUUCUCUCGAGAGACGAGACUCUGCAGGUGGCCAGCGCUCACUGCAUCACUGCGGCCCUGGUCCACUCUCCAGCCAGGCAUGCUCCGGCCUUCAUCCAUGCUGACAUUCCAGAGUUCCUCUUUGAGCGUCUGUCCUCUGUCAGUGAAGUGCUUGUCUGGUCCAGUUACAACUGCUUGAUACUUCUGGCGGAAGAGCCACUCUUCUUUUCCAAGUGCCACACGGUGUACGGGAUUGAGUCGGUGGUGAGGAGUCUGCAGAGAAGCCUGAGCACAAACAACACGGAGCUGCACAAGCAGGGCCUGCUGCUGUUUGCUGAGAUCCUGACUCGGCAGCCAGAGGAGAUCAGGCUGUUCACAAGCUCAGCCAUGUGCCGAGAUGCUUGCCACACCCUCCAGGAGGCGGUGGGCAGCCCCGUGCUGGAGGUGGCUGCUGAGGCGAUGAAGGCCGUCUCUGCUUUUCUGAGGAAGGACCAUCAGAGCACCCCACCUGUGCAGUACAGGGCACUGCGGGCCUUGCUGGAAGCCAUGCUGAGCCGGUGCGCAGACUUCUCCCAGACCCCACUGAACAGGAGGCCCCUGGGCCAUGCCUCCAGUCGAGAUUCAGAGAAGGCCAUUCUUCGGAGGGGAAAGUUCCUCCUAAGCACUCUGGAAGGAUUUAGAAAUGCCUGCAGGUUGGCUGUGGAGUUCCAGAACGAGCCUUCUGCCCAGGAGAAUCCAUUCACAGCUCCCAGCGCAGAGAAGGAGGACACCUUAGAGGCUUUCUCGGAAUUUCUUCUCAGUGCCUGUGACUCCCUGUGUAUCCCCAUGGUGAUGAGACACUCGGAGCAGGCUACCCACCCAGCUUUGAUGGAAGUUUUCCUCUCGAUUCUACACAGCCUCUUUGUCAUCGUUCCCCACAUGAAGGAGAAGUUCUCCAAGAAGCUUGCUGCCUCGUACUUCAUCAGACUGACGCUGGAACUGAAGGCCAGGUUCUGCGGUGACCGGAGUCAUUCGGCGCUAAACCAGGUGUGUUCCAGUUUCCUCUACUACCUGUGCCUCAACCUCCUCUCAGCUCCAGAGAUGACAGGAGCCCCUUCCCAAGAAGAACUCUCUGCGGCAUCUGAGCUCUUGCAGCACGGGCUGCCCCAGAUAAGCAGCAGGAGCCCUGAGAGCCUUGCCCUCCUGUCAGAUCGCCAGUAUGUGGCGGGGGCUGCUCGCCAGAGACAGUGCUGCGUCCUGCUCCUGUUCUACCUCGCGUACAUCUAUGAUGACAGGUUUGUCUCAGAGUUGGAGUUAUCUAUGGCUGUGCAAAGCUUCCUGCUGUCUCUGCAGGACCAGGGGGAGCAACCUCCUCUGCCGGUCUUCAGAGCCACCAUCUACCUGCUUGCCGUCUGCCAGGACAAAGAUGGUGCACUAGAUGAGGCUGUGGUCAGAGCCAUCAGGAAAUUCCUAGAGGGCGUCCCGGACCUGCACUUACUCUACAUCCACCACCCGCUCCUGCUCAGGUUCUUCCUGCUAUAUCCAGAGCUGAUGAGUAGGUUUGGGCACCGUGUCCUGGAACUUUGGUUCUCCUGGGAAGAGAACAGCUACGAGGACCUGGAGGAUGGCUCCUCUGCCGGGAAGCCCACCCUUCCUGCCAACUUAGCAGCCCUGUUCCACAUGCUCCGAAGCAGCCCCAGCAUCCUGCUUAUUUUGCUCGAUCUCGUCUACUCCAGCCCAGUGGCCACGGCCCGCAAGGCGCUGAUUGUCCUGAGGGCCUUUCUGAGGAGGAACGAAGAUGUGCAAGUGGGUGGUCUCAUCCGAGGCCACUUCCUGAUGAUCCUGCAGCAUCUGCUGGUGGAGCAUGAAGCUUCCCCUGCGGGAGCAUCCGGGAACCUGUCGCUGCUGCUGAGCCUCCUCUCCGUAGUGCAGCUGAGGAACCAGUCCGGGCAGGAGCUGGACAGCAUGGCCAUGAAGCUCCUCCACCAAGUGAGCAAGCUGUGUGGGAAGUGCGGCCCCACCGACCAGGACAUCCUGCAGCCUUCCUUCAACUUCCUGUACUGCAGCCUUCACCAGACCACGCCAGGCAGUCAGAAAAGAGCUGCUGCUGUGCUCCUGAGCAGCUCGGCCCUGGUGGAGCUUCUAGAGAAGAUGCUGGCGCUCACCUGGGCCAGGGCUGAGGCUGGCUUCCCGGGGCCCAAGCUCCUCUGCUCGGCCUGGCUGCUCGCCGCCUCCCUCUCUGCGCAGCAGCACCACGGCAGCCUGCAGGUUCACCAGAUACUGUCCGUGGAACUGGACCAAGUGUUGAAGGCCCUCAGCUUUCCAAAGAAAAAGGCUGCUCUGCUCUCAGCCGCCAUCUUACGCUUCCUGCGGACAGCCCUGCAGCAGAGCUUCUCCUCUGCCCUGGUGACUCUGGUGCCUUCAGGGACCCGACCUCCGCCAGCCUGCGAGGACUCUGUCCUAGCUCCCCUGGGAACAGCUCAAGUGCUGUCACUCGUUAUUGGACUGCAGAACCUCCUGGUGCAGAAGGACCCUCUGCUGUCCCAUGCCUGCGUCGGUUGCCUGGAGGCCUUGCUUGACUACCUGCAUACUCGGAGCCCAGACAUUGCGCGCCAUGUGGCCUCCCAGCCCUGGAAUCGGUUUUUGCUGUUCACCCUCCUGGAUGCUGGCGAGAACUCCUUCCUCAGGCCAGAGAUCUUGAGGCUCAUGACCCUGUUUGUGCGGUUCCGGAGCAGCGCAGUCCUCGCUCCAGAAGAGGUGGCGCAUGUUCUGCAAGGUGCGGCUUUGGCUGACCCCGCUGCCCUUCCAAACGCCACGCUCCAGGCGCUGCAUGGCUUCCUCCUGCAGGUCCAGAGUGUGGGGCUUCUUUCUGAUGACAGCACAGCCCAAACUUUGAAGGCUUCCUUGGAGGGCCUUUCUCCCUGGACUUCCUCUGCCCAGCCACCCCUGCAGGACAUGCUCUGCCUGGGAGGGGUGGCUGUGUCGCUGUCCCACAUCAGAGACUGACCCUUGGGACUUGAAGGCCCAGGAAUGGCCAGACCCGAGACCUGGAGAAGACGACGGCAGGGCACAGCUGCAGGGAGAUGGGGACAGAGUGGCCAUUUGCUCCACGGUGGAGGUGGAGUCGGGCAAUAAAGGGCUACUCACCCACCCGUGUGCGCGCUCCCAAAACGCCACUUA